UCCAGUGGAAAACACAAAAUUCAGUUGCCAGUUCACAAUUAAAACAAUUAUGAUUUCAUGGUAGCAUGAAUGUAAAACAAAUAUGUAAUUAAAAAUCCAUGGCAAAAGAUAAACAAUGAAGUCCACAACAGUAAAAGGUUUUAUUUGUAUGUGUUAUUUAAUUAGAAGAACUAAAUGUCACUGAAACACAGCAGGACAAAUCUUUAGUCAUUGUUAGCGAGUUAUAAUCUUUAAUUGACUGUUUUUAUUUAUUCACUUUGCCUUUACGUUAUUGUUUCAGUUACUGUAACAAAAACAUUUAGUCAAAUUCUAAUUGAGAAUAAAAACUUUUAGCAUUUUAAAGUAACGAGACACAAAGUGCUACUUUGGCGCCACCUUGUGGGCACAAUGCAACAUUACACAUUUCUCAUGUGUGCCAUUAAAACGUUAACCUCCUUUUUAUAUUGUUUAAAAAGCUUUUGGACAAAAGUAUCACAGAGUCCCAUAUCUUAAAAACAAUCUAUCUGAUGAGAAACUUCUGUUUAAUCUAAGAAUAAGUCACAUUCGUGGUGUUUACCCAGCACACACUGCAGGUCAAGUUUCAAAGUUUCCUUCUCCUCUCUGGCUCACCAAACACAACAAAUAUUGACCGGAGCUGGGAGUCGAUCAGGUCAGUGGAUUUUAACCUUCAGUUUCAGCCUAGCUGUGUCUCCUCCAGGGUUUCUCCAGAAGGACCGUCUGUCUCGCAGCGUUGUUUUACUUUUUGAGGGAAUGUGUGUUUGAAGCCCACAGGCCGGGAAACAUGAGGCGUCUGCUGCUGCUGCUCCUGGGGCUCCUGCUCCUCCAACAGGGCCGCAGCUUUGAGUUUGUGAUCGAUGGAGAAUGGGAGGAAGAGACGUCGGAUCCGCGGGAUCAUCGGGAGAGACACAAGAGAGCGAUAUUGACCAGCGAGGAGCAGGAAGACUUUGAGGCCAUCCGCGGAGAAGACAUCACCGUCAAGAGCUACAAGGUGGAGAGCCGCAUCACGUCGCGCUUCGCCCACACCACCGUCAGGAGCUCGGUGGUCAAUUCGGGCUCCAAAGCCCAAAGCAUCGGCUUUAACGUCCAGAUCCCCAAACGAGCUUUCAUCACCAACUUCACCAUGAACGUGAACGGGAUUAUAUUUGUGGGCUCAGUGAAGGAGAAGACAGUGGCCAGGAACCUGUACGCCCAGGCCCGAGCCAGAGGCAAGGCGGCCGGCAUCGUCAGGGCGAAUUCCCAGGACAUGGAGACGUUUAAGACAGAAGUCCAUGUUCCUCCCGGCAGUAACAUUGAGUUUGAGCUCCACUACCAGGAGAUGAUGCACAGGAAGCUGGGCUUCUACGAGCACUCGCUGUACCUGCAGCCUGGGAGGCUGGUGCCACAGUUCCAGGUGGAUGUGUACAUCUUUGAGCCGAAGGGGAUUUCCACGGUACAAACACCAAACACGCUUGGAGAGAAGUUUGCAGAUGUUAUCAAAGUCACAUCGUCCAAAGAAAAGGCUCAUAUCGUCUUCAAGCCGAACCUCCAGAAGCAGAGAAAGUGUGACAACUGCACCGGAAGCGCCAUAGACGGCGUCUUCACUGUCAAAUACGACGUGACCCGGGACAGCAAUGCAGGAGAACUACAGGUCUCAGACGGCCAUUUUAUCCAAUUCUUCGCUCCCUCCAACCUCUCGCCUCUCCCUAAAAAUAUCGUGUUCGUCAUUGACGUCAGUGGAUCCAUGUGGGGCGUGAAGAUGAAGCAGACGGUGGAGGCCAUGCAGGCUAUUCUGGACGACCUGACCAUAGACGAUCACUUCAGCGUCAUCGACUUCAACCACAACGUGCGUUGCUGGAGCGAGGAGCUGGUGUCUGGCUCCACCAUUCAGGUCGCAGAUGCCAAGAGAUACAUCCAGAACAUCAAACCCAACGGAGGCACCAACAUCAACGAGGCUCUGAUGAGAGCCGUCCAGAUGCUGGUGAAGGCGUCCAAUCAGGGGCUCAUCGACCCUCGCUCCGUCUCCAUGAUCAUCCUGGUGUCUGAUGGAGACCCCACUGUGGGUGAGAUCAAGCUGAGCACCAUCCAGAAGAACGUGAAGCGAGUGAUGAGGGAGGAGUUUUCUCUCUUCUCGCUGGGCAUCGGCUUCGACGUGGACUACGACUUCCUGGAGCGUAUCGCCAUGGAGAACAGGGGCAUGGCUCAGAGGAUCUACGCCAACCACGAUGCUGCAGAACAGCUCCGGAUGUUUUACAGCCAGGUCUCCUCUCCUCUGCUGAGGAGGAUCACGGUUCAGUUCCUGGAGGACUCCGUGUCAGACGUCACCCAGAACCGCUUUGAUAAAUACUUCAGCGGGUCGGAGCUGGUGGUGGCCGGGAAGGUGCUGCCGUCUGAGAGCAACACCCUGACCAGCUUCACCACGGCGUCUGCCGCCCGUCUGGACAUCACCCUGCACACAGAGGGGGACUUCACGGAGCUGGACACGGCGCUGGCCAAGCAGCAGCACUCGUUCACGGGCUUCGCCAGACAAAUGUGGGCCUACAUCACCAUCAAACAGCUGAUCUCUGAAAGGUCUCUGGCUCCCACGGCCGUGAAGAAGAGGAAGAUCACGCAGCGGAUCAUGACGCUGGCCGUGGAGCAUCAGUUUGUUACUCCGCUCACCGCCCUGCUGGUGGAGAGCGAGGACACCAACGAGAGGCUGCUGGCCGACUCCCCGAAGGAUCCCAAGCACGGCUGCUGCUCAGGAGCAGGAGUCGGGGGGGGCUCGGCUUCCUCAGGCCUGGCUCCGGUGCGCGUGGUCUACCAGCCUCCACCCUGGGUCCAGAUGACCACUGAGGCCCCUCCGAGCCAGGCUGCGAAGGGCCCAGAGGAGUGGACCCUGCCACAGCAGAUCACCUUAGUGGACAGCGACCCUCACUUCAUCAUCCACCUGCCCAGAAGCAACAUGGACGUCUGCUUCAACAUCGACUCCACGCCGGGACACAUCCUCAGCCUGGUGGACGACAGUGGGACAGGUUUGGUGGUGAACGGUCAGUUGGUCGGCUCUAAGCAGGCGCACGCAGGCAAACUGAGCACCUACUUCGGCACCAUCUCCGUGUACUACCAGCCCGACGGAGUCAGCGUGACCGUCGGCACCGACAGCAUCGCCCUGAUGGACGGCACAAACAACCACACCUUCACCUGGGGGGCCACGGCUCACAUCACGCAGGAUGGGGUGAGGAUCUCCAUCGUGAAGGACUCUCACGUCUCCAUCGUCAUAAAUAACAACGUCCAGGUGACGGUGCUUCUUCACCGAGUGUGGAAGAAGAAUCCGGCCAAUGUGGACUUCCUCGGUCUUUACAUCCCCAACGACAACCAGUACUCCCCUCUGGUCCACGGGCUCAUCGGGCAGUUUUCCAGAGAGCCUGAGGUGAGCGUGUACAACGUGCACGAAGGACCGGACCCUCUGAAGAAGGAGGCCACCAUGGAGGUGAAGGGCAACAAGCUGCCGGUCACCAGGGGCUGGCAGAAGGAUUACAGGCACGAUAAGAAGCACGGCUCAAACGUCUACUGCUGGUUCAUACACAACAGUGGGAAGGGCUUCAUCGACGGCCACUACACCGACUACAUCGUCCCAAAUCUCAACAGCUUCCUGCAGGCGCUCUGAGCGGCGAGACAUUCACACACAUUUCACAGAGAAGGACGAAGGGGAAACGACCUUUACCCCUCACCGGUGUUUGUGUCCAAAUCAUUUUACAAAGAACACCAGAAAGUCACUUUGUGCUGAAUUUAUUUGAACAAAAAUGUACAUGUGCAAUGUUAAGAUCAACUUGAAUACAAAAUAAAAACCAAAUUGAACACAUUGCUCUGAGUUUCUGUGUGUGUGUGUGUGUGUGUGUGUGUGUGUGUGUGUGUGUGUGUGU